CCUUCACGUUAUCCCUUGCCCUUAAACAUCCUAACUUCACCCAAUUAAGAAGAAAUGGGGGGCAAGUCCGCUACCAAGGCCGCUUACUUCGAGAAGCUGAAGAACCUUCUUGAUGAGUACAAGACGGUCUUCAUUGUCGGUGUCGACAAUGUCAGCUCUCAGCAGAUGCACGAGAUUCGUCUCUCUCUCCGUGGUGAGGGUGUCGUCCUGAUGGGUAAGAACACCAUGGUUCGCCGUGCCAUCAAGGGCUUCGUCGUUGACAACCCGGAGUACGAGCGUCUGCUCCCCUUCGUCAAGGGCAACGUUGGUUUCAUCUUCACCAACGGCGACCUUAAGGCCACCAAGGAGAAGAUCCUUGCCAACCGUGUCGCUGCCCCUGCUCGUGCUGGUGCUGUCGCUCCUGCCGAUGUCUGGAUUCCUGCUGGUAACACCGGUAUGGAACCCGGUAAGACCUCUUUCUUCCAGGCUCUCGGUGUUCCCACCAAGAUUGCUCGUGGUACCAUUGAAAUCACCACCGAUCUCAAGCUCGUUGAGGCCAACGCCAAGGUCGGCCCCUCCGAGGCUACCCUGUUGAACAUGCUCAACAUCUCUCCCUUCACCUACGGUAUGACCAUCUCCCAGGUCUACCAGGAGGGUCAGACCUUCGGUGCCGACGUUCUCGACAUCGAGGAGUCUCAGCUGCUCGAUGCCUUCAGCAGCGCCAUCCAGACCAUCACUGCUCUCUCUCUGGCUACUGGCUUCCCCACCCUUCCCGCUGUUAUGCACCACGUUAUCAACAGCUACAAGAAGGUUCUCGCUGUCGCUAUCUCUACCGAGAUCAGCUGGCCCGAGAUUGAGGAGCUCAAGGACCGUAUCGCCAACCCUGACGCUUACGCUGCCGCUGCUCCUGCCGCUUCCGCCGCUCCUGCCGCUGGCGGUGCCGCUCCCGCUGAGGAGAAGAAAGAGGAAGAGGAGGAGUCUGAUGAUGACAUGGGAUUCGGUCUUUUCGACUAAGCGUCUCGCGUCAUUGUACGGGAUGCGAUUACCAUGUUUUAGAUACAUUUACGGCCAAUCAUGACGGUUGAAAAAUGAAAACGAAUCUCAUGGUGAAUUUACUUCUCUUCAAAUAGAUAUGGACGUAGAUUUUGCGGUCCAUGAUCUUUUUGAAAAACAAGAUCAUUCAGAUGCCUAUGAUGUAGUAUAUCUACGGUUUGAAUUCGUAGUACGCCAGAAUUACUGCACGAGAAUCCGGUCUUAGUUGAUCUGAAUCAUAUACCGCGUCAGAUGAAAUAUGCUGGUA